CCUAAUCGUUCAGAUCUCCUUCAAAUCGUUCACUCAAAAGGCUAUUGCCUCAAACCGUCAUCAUUGGUAUGGGUAAUUGAACUUACUUUGUUGAGCAUAGAGGCCUACACCCCACUGUCCAUACAUCUCCACGGCAACACAGUACCCGUUCCCAAAAUAUAUUUGCCAAAGAUCGCAAAUGGCCCGUUUUAAAUACAAGCCAAUAGAUCUCGGAGGUCCUUCCUUUCGCCUUAUUCGUCUUUUCAAAGGGGAAGAUGGACCGAUUCAGUGCGAAUUGUUCGAUGCAUGGCUUCAUGAUGCAGAAGAAAUUAUGGAGUACGAAGCUUUGUCGUACACAUGGGGGGGUACAGAGAAGCCGUACGAAGUAGAGAUUAAUAAGAAGAGAAUGUCGGUCACGGACAACUUGUCUCUAGCACUACGACAUCUGCGUUACCAACAUCAAGACCGGAUUCUAUGGAUUGACGCAAUCUGCAUUGAUCAGGAAAAUGAUAAAGAGCGGGGACAUCAAGUGCAACAGAUGGCGUCCAUCUAUAAAAGAGCUGAACGGGUUAUUAUCUGGUUGGGCGGAGCCACUGCUGAGACAGAUCUGAUCUUGCGUUUUAUGAAUCGACUAGAGGAAGAGCGUAUUAAACAUGCAUGCAACAAGUGGAAAUCCUCAGACAAGAGGUGGUCGGACAUAUGGUCGUCUGUUCAGCCAUUACUGGGUGAUGUACAGGAUGACCUGAUGUUUCGACAGCGUAAGGGUCUAGCGUCCCUCUUAGGUCGGUCCUGGUUCAGGAGAGUUUGGAUUAUACAAGAAGUUGCCAACGCACGGGCGGCCGAAGUUGUGUGUGGCACCAAGUCAGUCUCAGCGCGCAUCUUUGCUCUCAUUCCAUCUUUAGUAGGGAUGACUCCAGAUGUCCAUUGCCAAGCUGUCUUGGAUAUAAUGCCAGGUUCUUCUCGGAACAACUCUUGGUGGAGUCAAAAGCGCGACCUUCACACAUUACUGCUCAAAUUCAACGCAAGCGAGGCUUCCGACCCGAGAGAUAUUAUCUAUGCGUUGCUUGGUAUAUCAUCAGAUGGGCAUAAUACGGACACCCUAGUACCAAACUAUGAGAAGUCUGUACAGGAAGCUAUUUGCGACACUAUUUCCUUCUUACUUCACUACCACGACUGUGAAAGUCCUAUAAAUUGCUUACCGCGGUGGACAUUAGCCGAGUUUCUGCAGAAUUUGGAAUCACUCAGCAAUGCAGUUUUCGAUUGGGCAAUAGAGGGGAGCCAUCGGGGUAUAGUGGAGUUGCUAAUGCACCGUGAAGAUGUGGAUGUGAACUGGAAGGGUAAGUCUGGCCGGCCACCUCUAUGGAGGACAGCAGACAGAGGAGAUAAGCAGCGGCCAGACGCCGCUAUGGAGGGCGGCAGACGGAGGGGCAUGAGGCGGUGGUGAAACUACUGCUGGAACACAACGAUAUCAA